AUGGGACAACUAAAUGAAGUAUCCGAGGCACUUGAUGUGGCUCUGGGGAGACGUCAGGAUCGAGAAAAAGAAGAAAUGUUAUAUCGAAGGGCCUGCAUGAUGUCCCAAAUGUGGGACUCAACUCCCUCAAGAGAGAGUACCACCCUCAGACUAAGCCAAGAUUCGAUUAACAUUAAAUUACCGUUGCCUAUAAAUAUGAAACUGAACCAAUUUCUGCGAAUACUGUCCUCAAAUGAUGAUACCGCAAACAAACCUGUUUCAAAUGUCGAUGAUCUGCAAAACUACGAAUGCUUUUCACUAGAACCGGGACAGCGUCAACUCCUGGAUCUCUUGAACAAAAUUCGGGAAGGUGUUUAUCAGCAACUUCUGUUCACAUGCCAGGAGGAUAUUGAAAGGGAGGAGCGCUAUAAUUCCAUAUUAAAACACACAACUGAGUUGAAGACCGAAGUGGACUGGUUAAACAAGCAAGUCGAAGAAAAACAGAAUGAGGCUUUGGUAGAAACACAGAAGCUGGACGAGAAAAUUGCGGAGCUGAAGAACGAUAUUGCCUCUAUUAAUACGUACUCGGCGGAAAAUAUAAAGAGAAUUCAGGCUGACGAUCAGCGCCAAAGAGCCCUGGAAGAAAAAGAUUCAGAGGGUAUGCCUUCUGCUUUUUGUGUACCCGCGUGUUAG